AUGUCCGCGGUGUACGCCCUCGAGCCGCCGACGGAGGGAAAGGCGGUCGUGCGCACGACGCACGGUGAAUUAGAGAUUGAAUUCUUUGCCCGCGAGGCGCCGCUGGCGUGCCGAAACUUCGUGCAGCUCGCGCUCGAGGGGUAUUACGAUGAGAAUGAAUUCACGCGGUGCGUGGCCAACUUCAUGGCGCAGACGGGCGACCCGACGAACACGGGACGCGGCGGCGCGAGCGCGGUGAACGACGGGAAGGGGUUCAAGGAUGAAUUUCACUCGAGGUUAAGGUUUAACGCGCGAGGCCGGGUGGCGAUGGCGAACGAGGGACGACGGGAUAGCAACGGUAGUCAGUGGUUCGUGACGCUGGGCGAGUGCGAGUGGUUGAAUCGCCGGCACACGAUUUUUGGGAAAAUCGUGGGAGCGACGAUGUAUAACGCGAUACAGAUAGGGAACGUGGAGACGGAGGGCGAUCGUCCGAUCGAUCCAGCGCCGAAGAUCUUGCGAGUGGAGGUGCUGGCGAAUCCGUUUCCAGACAUCGAGCCGAGGCGACGCGCGAGCGAGGCGGAGGCGGAGGCGGAGGUGGAGGAUUUUAGAAAACAGAAGAAGGCGAAGAAGAAGCUGGCGCUGUUGUCUUUCGGCGAAGAAGCGGCGGAAGAGGAGGCGACCUUA